AUGGCCGCCACAGCCGCCACAGCCGCCACGACGAUUUACGCCCAUGCCUUCAUCAUGUGCAAAGACCCCAGCAGCUGCCAGGGUAGUGAGAGGAGCGCCUACGCAGGGGCUGUCGCGCUGGCCGCCGGCAUCGCCAACGUCGGCGGCAUCUUAACCCUGGGGCCUCUGCAGAGCGCUGUCAGGUCCAACGCCAAGAUGGGUCUGUUCUUCUGGUUGAUCUCUCGCGGUACCAGUGUUGCCGUUCUCGCUCUCGCAGUGGUGUACAGAGCCAUGUACUUGGCUUUCCUCGGGCGCAUCUUUGAGGGCUUCGCCACCGACAACCUUCUCCACUACAACCUCGGUGCCAUCUACGUUUCAGUCACCGAGGAAGGCCGCUUUUCACGUCUCAUAGGUACUUCCUUGGCCUUGUUCAUGGUGGGUAUGUCGCUGAGCCCGGCCAUCGUCAGUUUCCUACCCAAUUUCUUCACCAGUUUUGUCAUUGCGCUUUCCGUGUUUGUGGCCUCCAUCGUUUAUCUGGCACUUUUCGUGCCCAUGGUAUCGACUUGGGAGUCGCCCGAGGACCCGAGACCCGGCCGAGACACUAGAGACGGCAUCGCGGACCAAAAGGCCAAACCGUUUGACCUCUUCCGCAAAGCUAUACUGGUCCUUCGUCCUCUCCUGUACCUGUGGCGCGACCGCCGCGUGGCUCUCCCGGGCAUGGCCCUGUUGCUCUACAACACCACCCAGGCCUACCUCUUCCCGGCUCUGAUGGUAUACGCGUCACUCAGGUACUCCUUUACCGGGAGGGAGAAUGAUUGUCUCAUCUCGCUAGCCGCCGGUGUCUCUGCGAUCUACCUCGUUGUGAUUUUCUAUAUCCUCCCUAAAGCCAAGGCCUGGUUGGGUUUGGGAAAACCAUCAAAGGACGCCGCGGGGGAUGGGCCCGCCGAGAGCCCAGGCUCGUACCGCGAAGGGUCUCAUCGCAGCAAGGGUGCCACAUCCACCCGGCACGACUUCAUCUGCGCCAUACUUUCUGUGUCCAUGCAGCUACUCGCAUUGCCCUGUAUACCCUUUACGACAGCAGGGUGGCAGCUGUUUUCGCUGUUAGCUGUCAUCUCCCUCGGGCUGGCCGCAUCAAGCUUCAUCAAGAGCUAUGGCGUGUCUUUGGCCAAGAAGGAGUCGGCGGCCGUGGCGAGCCUGGCCAUGAUGGAAAGUAUUGGCGGGCUCAUUUCAGCCGUCGUUCUCGGCGCCGUUCAGACCCAUGCCGGGGAGGCCAUGGUCUUCAUCUGGGCGUCGGCGCUGCUCGGCGUUUCAAUGGCCGCCAUGGUCUUGAGCGAGAUACUCAGACUCAGACAUUCGAGAUCAUGA